GGAUACGCUUAUUAGGGUUUGUGAGCUUUCGUCUCCGUUUUUUGAAGGCAACUCUGCUAAUUUCUUCCACCGGACGAUUCGAUAAAAAUGGUGAAAGGACGCCAAGGAGAACGUGUCAGGCUCUAUGUCAGGGGAACCAUACUUGGCUACAAAAGGUCGAAGUCAAACCAGUACCCAAACACGUCCUUAGUCCAAGUCGAAGGAGUGAACACCACUGAGGAAGUGUCAUGGUACAAAGGUAAACGAAUGGCUUACAUCUACAAAGCCAAGACCAAGAAGAACGGUAGUCACUACCGAUGCAUUUGGGGCAAAGUCACUAGGCCUCACGGUAACAGUGGCGUUGUUCGAGCCAAAUUCACAUCAAACUUGCCUCCUAAAUCAAUGGGAUCUCGAGUUCGAGUGUUCAUGUAUCCGAGUAACAUUUAAAGCUCUGUGUACUCGUCAUUUUUUUUGUCUGCAAGUCUUGUUAAUGGACCUUGCUUAUUAUUUGACUCUUUUAUCUUGAACUAUUUUGGAGUAACAACAAUUUUGGUUGAGCCUUAGAUACGAGUUCCCUAUAUUGCCCAAA